AUGAAGACAAGGUCAAGCAGUCCGAAGCCUUUUAUGAGACCACGUCAUGCUGCACAGGAGAAUGCCGAUCGUGAGGUCGCCGGGAUACGUAAGCAGCUGGACAAGGCGGGAGAGCGGUUGGUGGCUGAAUGCGGCAAGUUGUCCCACAGCCUGGACAAGGCCAACAGCAAGAAGUCGAAGUACAAAAAAACCGGCCUCCAUUUCCAAGAGAAUCUGAGUCGUGCACUCAAACUAGUAGCUGGGCUCCAGGCCGACCAGGAAACGCUGUGUCGCGCGCUCAAGCAGGUAUCGGGGCUUCAGGCCGAGCUGGGCGAGGCGCAGGAUUCUCUAUCCGCCCGAUCCGCUAAUUGUGAUCAAUUGCGUCGCAUCAAAUCGGAUCGUGACGUUUCGUUGGACCAUAUGCGGGUUCGGGUCGCGGACGUGGCUUUAGAACGUGAUCGCGAAUUGCGAGAUAACACGACCCUUCGAGAUCGCAUGGCGUCGCUGGUGUCUGGGGAUACUUCAGCCACACCGUCGAAGGUGGGAUCGUCUACCAACACGCCCGUUCCCGCGACUCCUCAGCCGAUGUCGAACGGUUCAGGAUUGAGUCGCAAGCGAUCUCGCGAUCCCCUACCAUCGUCAACUUUGCCGCCUUUCAAGAAAGUGACUCGAUCCGGUGUGUCUAAAGCUAAGCCGUCCCCAGUAUGCGAUCCCAAGGUUGCACGAUCUGCAACUGCUAAAGCCAAGCUUUACCCAGUUUGUGAUCCCAAGCCUCCGUCCCCUAUCAAGGGGGGAAUCCGCGAUCCUGAGGGUCGUCGCGAUCUCAAUAAUCGACAUGAUCCAGCGAAGUCUGCAGCUAGCCCGAAACUGGUCAAGCAAAGGCGCCGUAGUCCGGGCUUAACCUCGUCUGAGGGAAGGGAUAAAUUGGCAGGUGAGGAUGAGACUUUAGUGGCUUUAUCCGGUUGA